AUGGAGGCUUGUUCUCCUAGAGAUCUUCUUAUUGGCAAAGGUGAUAGGCCUUCAAGGGACCAAUAUCCUAUGAUUGAACAAGAGCAGGCAAACAUGAAGAAUAAACCAUAUGCAUCUCUUGUGGGUAGCUUGAUGUAUGCCCAAGUUUGUACUAGGCCAAACUUGUCAUUUGCACUUAGUGUAUUAGGAAGGUUUCAAGCAAAUCCUGGUGAACCAUAUUGUGUUUUAGCCAAGAAGGUGCUGAGAUAUCUAAAGAAGACUAAAUCCCUUUUGUUAAUGUAUGGUCAUGUUAACAGUUUGGAGCUCACAUGCUAUUCAUAUUCAUAUUUGGCUGGUUGUGUGGAUGAUAGAAAAUCUACAAGUGGAUAUAGUGUUCUUUUGGCUGAAGGUGCAAUUAGCAAAAAGCAAAAUUCUAUAUUUACAUCCACUAUGGAAGCUGAAUUUAUUGGAUGUUUUGAAGCAACCAGGCAAGGAUUAUGGAUCAAGAAUUUUGUAACAGAUAUGAAACUAGUGGCAAAUAUUGACAAGCCUUUGAAGAUCUACUGUGAUAAUAAAGCCGCCAUAUAUUUUGCCAAGAACAACAAACGAACAUCUGCUUCGAGAAUUAUGGAUGUGAAGUAUCUGUCGCUUCAAGAUAAAGUCAAGGAAGGUAUUAUUGAAGUAAAGUACAUAAACACUCACUCCAUGUUAGCUGAAACUUUGACUAAAGCCUUGGUUGUGGGAGUUUUUCAAGAUUUUGUGAUGCAUUUGGGAUUGCAUGAAUCUUUUGACUUGGUUUAA